UCCCCAUUUAGGGCUGGUCAUUUUCGCGAAGCAUCACCACGCGAUCACGGGGAGUUCCCGCUGCCACUGUGCAGUAAGGAGACCAAGGGUGGGAUCCGUGUGAAAUUAAAAGGUCUUGGGGACGUUAGUAUUUUACGAAAAGAUCUUGAACGCCCUUUCGGUCCCGUCUCUAUUGACAUCCCACUGGCGGACAAUGGAUGAGGUGUUGGGUUCUUGGAAGAAGAAAACAACCGCAAAGAAGAUGGGAUCAAGUUAUAUAAAAUAAUCGGGCAUUAUUCCGCCGUGACGUCAUCAUUAGAAUCCUCCCAAGGUUGAGGACACUCGAGGCCCUCGGAGUCGCGUCGCCACACACGCUCGAGGGGCUCUGGGCGUAAGCUUCUUACGACGAGGACCUCCUUCGCCUCAGCUCCGUCGCCUUUUCCUGCGGAGUUCGGGGCGGCGUCCUCAGUAGCCGCAGGACGCCCGCCGGAGGAACUGGAGUAGCGUCGUUGGGCUCAUAUUCAGGAUGGCCGGAAAGGGUGCUCUCAGAUCAACAAUGCUGUGCCUCAUGGUCUUCGCGCUCUUCUCCGCGGCUGGUGCUGCCUCCGCCGCCAGGCCUGAGGCGAUGCAGUGCGGCCCUUGCAAUCCCAACCGGUGUCCUGCGAUUGGGCAGUGCCACCGCGGGAUAACCUGGGAUGUGUGCAACUGCUGCGAAGUCUGCGCUAAGGGUCUGGACGAGGAGUGCGGUGGUCCUUGGGGCGCGUACGGCAAAUGCGGGUACGGCCUCACGUGCCUCAAGGAUGCCAGGGAGUGCCCCUACCUGUUCCACCCUCGAGGCUCCGGCGCAGACACUGGCUCAAAUAUUUGCGAACGAUUACUGUUCAAAUGUUUAUCUCUAGAAAUACACAUGAUUACACAGAGCAGAUUUAUCAAUGAAUUAGUCACAAAAUAA